AUAGGAUGACAUGUCGGGUAGUCGAAGCAAUGUAAAAGCACAAAAUUGACGCCACUUAAUUGGAAAUGUUAGUUUGUUUACAAAAUAUAGAACUAAAGGUGAUAUUUUGGAAUCUUAAAAUUUUAGCUUCAGCCAAUGCGGAACAUAUUCAGAUUUUGAUCUACUUGCGUACAGACAUCUUAUGUUUUAAAUAUGCUGUAUGCUGACGUAAUGAGUCACUGUAGCGAUAAUAUUUUAAUUAUAUCUAAUUGUGAAGUAUCACGGGUAAAUAACAUUUACGCAAACAGAAGGAGGAAAAAAAUAAGUAUGUAAUAGAGCUAGACAAUGUAAAUUAGAGACAUUCUAUUAAAGUUUGAUUUGUUUAUUGUAUUGUCGAGUUUUGUCAUGUUGCGAGAACUUCGAUUCGUUCACACCUUGUUUUGACGCGAGCUAUCUAAUUUCGAUGACACGGAACAAUGCGUAAGUUUAGCGAUUUUUUAAAUUCUCCAGACAACCCAUUUUACACUUCUAGAAAUGACUGGUUGUCUGAAUGAUAAACCUUCUCUGUGCGCUAGCAAUAUACUAGGUGAAGGAAAAUAUAGUCCGUGUCUUCCUCUUUAAGUGUAUUACCAUUGGGUAUUUCACAAGAAGCAGCGCAUACGCUCUAAGAAAUGUUUUAAAAAAUAGAAUGAAAUUUGUUGUUACUUGAAGUGUAUUGGUGCAUUGUUUAUUCGAUCAGAAGGUUUUUAAUCAUAUCUUUGUAAAGUAAGAUUGAUUGACUACAGUAAGUUUGUUAAAAAAUGUAAUAUUAAGUUUUAUGAAAGAAAAAUAAUGUUUGUGGAAUCAGGCUCAAAUAAAUCGACAUGUUCUGACGCAGCUUGUAUAGAUUAUUUCAGAUCUUAUCGUGUCGUAUGGUAUCGUUGCGUAUAAAGGCGGAUUUCAACUUCCAAGUUUUUUGAUGGAAACCCACUGAAAUAAAAACGCGGGAAAAAAAAUUAAAAAUGUACACAAAUAUGGCGGCUUUUCUUCAAAAGUUGAGCCGAAGAACUUUGUUUUUAUUAUUGUUGUUUCACUUGAAAGUGAAAAGAAAUAACAAAUAUAAAAAAAAAAUAUGAGGCAGACAACUUUUUCAGAAUCGGAAAACGAAAAGCAAGUGUUUAUUCAUUUUCCUACCUGCUAGCUCUCGCAGGACAGGAAAAUUCUUCCGUCGGAAUGCGAAAAAGGUGAUCUGCGCAUGCUUACGUGAUCAUUUUCCCGUUCCCGUUCCCGUUCCCGUUGAAAGAAUCAAAGAAGAUCAAAGAAGACGAUGUUUGACAGACAUGGAACCUUAAAAUCUAAUAUAUUAAUUCAGUUUGUCUGUUCAGUGUUCGUAUUAUCUUUCAAGGACUCGUAAAUUUUCUUCCUUAAGCAAAAGCUAAUGUUCUAAUUUCUGAACCUAGAAAAACAACUUCCCGAAAACUGUGGAAAAUAAAAUUGCCGUCUGACCUUUUAAAAUUUUCGAAAGGUAGACUUUACUGCAUACUAGUUGAUUAACGCUUAUUUUAGUAUUAAAUCAUAUAGCCACAACAAGAAUUAAGUUGUUUUGAUUAUUAAAUACUGUGGUUAUAAUCUGGUAAUGGCGACCGCCUUUUAGUGUACGUGUACAACUAAUUACAGGUUUUAUAUUACUUUCCUCUAAGGUGUUAUUAGACAGGUUCGUUGUAGCAGUAGGCUCUUCACUAAAUAUAUAUCUCACCUAUUGAAAAUCCGGCUUUAGAAAGGCUUUGUCUCUUAUAAUAAUACAGAGACUGUGUCUGUUUGUAACAGGCAAAGUGGAUGUCUUCAUUUUCCUUUUAUGUAGCCGAAAAAGUUAUGUCUGAAAUGUUAAAAUUUCUGACAUUACGGCGCGACGUCAAUAACACUUUUUUAACGUCAAUAUCCUAUAUUAAAUUAAUGAAGCCAUUACAGUGCACUUAAAACUUUGAUGCCAAAUAACUUGGAAACGAGGUGGUGACGUCAAUGUUUUUCACCGCGUGCGUAACUAGGGACCACCUGGGACCAAUUUCGGUAAGUUUUCCAAACCUGGGUCCCAAAAUCCGUUUCGUAAUGCACGGGUUUAUGACGUCAUCAAAAAACCUUUACACCUUAAUAUCUCUGCAACCGUUUGUCAAAAGUACAUGAUCCUAUACAUUUUCUUGAUCAUCGUUUCAAGAUCUAUACGAUGAAGGCAACAGGUAUACAAAUUUCUAAAAAUAUAUUUUUUGGGUUUUGACGGGCUAUUGCUGACGUCAGCAAACAUUUUAAACCCUUAUAUCUCAUUAACCGCUUAUCAAAACCACAUGAUAAUAUACUUUUUCUUGAUCAGCAGUUUAAGCUCUACACAAUAAAGGCAACGUGAAAAUAAAUUUGCAAGAAAAUUUUUUUUGUCUCUUGACAGAUCCUUGCUGACGUCAUCACAAUUUAAAUAACGGUUCCUUUUUAAUGUUAUCCUGUCUAAGUGGAUUUUUCCAGGGGCCUUAUCGACUAGUCUAUAUAAUAAUACGCCAGUUCCGUGUCUCUGUGACAGGCAAAGUUGAUAUGCUUAUUUUUCUUUGAUGUCGUUGAAAAAUGCAUAUGUCUAAUAUGUUAAAUUCUCUGACGUUACGGCGUGAAGUCAAUAACACUACUUUCACGUCAACAUCCUAUAUUAAUUUAAUGAAGCCAUUACAGUGCACCUAAAACUUUGAGGGUAAAUAACUUGGAAACGAGCUGGUGACGUCAAUGAUUUUUCACCGCGUGGGUAACUAGGGACCACCUGGGACCAAUUUCGGUAAUUUUCCCAAACCUGGUUCCCCGAAUCCGUUUCGGAAUGGACGAAUUGAUGACGUCAUCAAAAAACCUUUAAACCAUAAUAUCUCUGCAACCGUUUGUCAAAAGUACAUGAUACUAUACAUUUUCUUGAUCAGCGUUUCAAGAUCUACACGAUGAAGGCAAAGUGUAUACAAAUUUCUAAAAAAAAUUUUUGGGUUUUUGACAAGCCAUUGCUGACGUCAGCAAAAUGUUUAAACCCUUAUAAUUCAUUAACCGUUCAUCAAAAUCACACGAUUUUAUACAUUUUCUUGAUCAGCAGUGUAAGCUCUACACAAUGGAGGAAACUUGAAAACAAGUUUCUCAAUUUAUUUAUUGUGUAUUUGCACUGCUGACGUCAGCAAAAAGUCUAAAACAACCUAUUUUUCCAUUGCCCAUCUGCCUAAGUGGAUUUCUCCACAGGCCUUGUCGACUAGUUAUUAUUAUUAUUAUUUCAUGCUUUUUUGCUCAGCGUAGUUGAUGUCCCUACCAGACAGAUUCCGUAAAAUACUUGUUAUGUGGUGGUAAUUACCAAAGCUACAGAAAAUUUCAAAAGGCAUAUAGAUUACUACCUAAGUAGCCUUUGCUAAUUACAAUGAAAAUAACCGCUUGUUUCUCUAACUUUAUGCGGAACAUUUGUUAGAAAAUUGUGAGAGAAUUUCUUUCUCUACAUUUCAAAAGAUUUUCUGUAUCCAUUUAGCUGUAGAAAACAUAUACGAAAAAGGCUUCCCACGCAAUGGCUUAUAUUGUUCUCUUCGUUUGUCAGGCCUUUCUAAGGGAUAAAGUUUAUUGCCUAUAUGUAAUGCAAAUACAUGCUUUUUUAAAAAACAAUAUCAAAAUUCAAACCAGGCUGUUCAUAUUUCCCUAUUGUUCUAAACAAUAGACCUGUUUUUCUUAAGCUGAAAUCCCAGCCAAAUAUAAAAGAAAAAGCUUGAAUCCAAUCUCCUUUGUUCUUCUUAAUGAAUUUCUAAGUUAAUGUGUAUAUUCUCCUUAACGUUGUGUAAAAUAUUUCAUGCAGAUUAAAUAUUUACAGGCAAAAUAAGAUCCAAGAAGGUUAAAAAAUCUCUUUAAAUCCAUCAUGGCGCUUAUGGGAAUGGAAAAUAACUUUAUAGCAAAUACCAUGGCAUUAACGAACAUCACAGAGGCCGUUGACGUUAUUAAAGGGUAUGGUCCGGAUUUUACAUAUUUCCUCAUGGUAUCAGUGUUGUCGGCUGGUGGUAAUUUUAAUGGAGAGUGUUGGUUUGAAUUUCCCCUGAAGUGUUUUGGCUGCAAAUUUGAAUUAAUGCAAAAUCUAAAGUUGGAAGAAAAUGCAACAAAGGCUUUACUACUGCUGUCGUAUGUGUGCAGCAUCAUUCAUGGCACGGACACAAAACUGCUUGCAAAGCCUUCACCUAUAUUAAUCAAUGACUACCAUUACUUGAAAGAAAUUCAAUAUCUAGCAACAUAUGAGUCUAACCUAAGACCGCAUUUUCCAGUGCGACCAGAAGUUAUUGCUGUUAGUUUUCAACUUGUGUCUAUUGAAAAUUUAGACAUUGAAGAUUCGAGUUUUAAAAUCGACUUUUAUUUACACCAAGAAUGGGAGGAUGAAAGAUUACGUCAUCAAAGCAGCGAUUAUUUAGAUGUUAGCACCAUGGCAACUAAAAUAUGGAUACCGGACACAUACUUUGUUCAAUCAAAACAAGGUGGCUUUCUACAAAUGGACAAAGGAAUGGCAAUUAAAAUUCGUUCCGAUGGUCGUGUCUUUUAUCGUUCAAGAUUGAUAAUAAAAGUAUCAUGUGCUUUGGAUUUUCACAACUUUCCAAUGGACAUACAAGUGUGUUUUCUUAACUUAGAAAGCUAUGGUCAUAGUGCAAAAGAUAUUGAAUACAAAUGGGGUGAUCACGGAGAUAUGAACUUGGGUCAGUCUAUACAAGAUUCGUUAUCUCUGUACAAUAUGCGUCCAUUGAAGACAUCUUCCAGGAUAACGCAAUAUGUAAUCGGAAACUGGUCAACGUUAUCUGUCCACUUUGUCUUUGUUCGACACAGCAUGAGUUUCAUUCCUGCCAUGUACUUUCCAUGUGCAAUCAUUGUUAUUAUAUCCUGGAUAACAUUUAUUCUCGAUCCUGAGCAGUAUCCUGCAAGGACGUAUCUUUGCGUCACCUCCAUACUUACCAUUGUCACCUUACAUGCUGCAAUGGACACAUCGUUACCAAAGGUGAGCUAUGUGAAAGCAAUUGACAAGUAUGUUCUGGUCUGCAUCCUGUUCAUAGCUGGAGCAUUUGCAGAGUACGCAUGCGUUCUUCUCAUCAGAUCAAAACGAAGCAGAUAUAUAGAAAGAAGAAAAAAAGUUGAGCAAAAGGACAAUGCUGUUAAAAAGUUAUUACUGGAAAAGAAUUGCAAUCUUCAUCUCAAGAAGAGAUAUCAAGAAACAAAAGUUAGCCAGCUCUUAACGCACAAAAAUAAUAAUAACGAUGCAGAUAUUCUAACCAAUGAGCUUCUAACAACUGAUCGGGAAAUAUUAACCAAGUUAGAUAAAAUACUAAAGUUUUACUUAAGAGAAGGCUGGCCAGAUAAACUGGAUAAGUAUUCUCGAAUACUGUUUCCAUCUGCCUUUAUAACUUUCAAUGCUAUUUACUGGAUCAGCUCAGGAGACAAUGCUGAAAGUUUUGCAAAAUAACCUUGAAGAUACUUCGGCUUUGAAAAUCUUUGUAAAUAUAUGUAUUAUUGUUUGUUUACGAUUUUGUUUAUUGAAAAAAAGAAAUGAUAAGUUUUUUAAUCCACCAAUGC